CACAAGAAAUACCAUAUCUGCAAAAUUCUCAGGCAGGGGAAUGUGGAAGAUAAGAGGGAGAGACAAAGAUGAGCUCACACUCACAGCUGCUGCCAUUCACCCCUUCCCUUCCCAUAGCCAAGACCCCAUCGCCACCUUCCUCUACAACAUGCCCCUCCUCAUCCCCACGCACAACUCACCUCGCUCUCCCCCAGACUCUGACUCAGAGAGCCCACAUCCCUUCCCAUGUCUACAAGCACCCUUCAGCUAUACUCCUAGAGCUCUGCUCCUCCAUCAAAGAGCUCCACCAUUUUAUGCCUCUCAUCAUCAAGAACGGCUUCUUUAACCAGCACUUGUUCCAAACCAAGCUGCUCAGUUUGUUCUGCAAAUUCGGCAGCUUGCACGAGGCGGCUCGGGUUUUUGACUCCAUUGAUGACAAGCUCGACGUGCUAUACCACACGAUGCUUAAAGGGUAUGCCAAGCACUCGUCAUUGGACUAUGCCUUUUCUUUCCUUUGUCGAAUGAAGCACGAAAGCGUUAGACAUGUUGUGUAUAAUUUUACUUAUUUGCUGAAAGUCUGCGGCGAUAAUUCGGACCUUAAGAGGGGUAGGGAGAUUCAUGCACAGCUGAUUAGUAAUGGGUUUUCGCCAGAUGUGUUCGCAAUGACUGGCGUUGUUAAUAUGUAUGCGAAGUCUCGGCAGAUUGAUGAAGCACACAAGAUGUUUGAUAGAAUGCCUGAGAGGGAUUUGGUUUCUUGGAAUACAAUCAUUGCCGGGUAUGCGCAAAAUGGGCUGGCCAAAAUGGCAUUGAAUUUGCUUAUAAGGUUGCAAGAGGAAGGACUGAGGCCCGAUUCAAUUACAAUUGUCUCCAUUUUACCUGCUGUUGCAAAUAUGGGCUCUUUGAUAAUUGGAAAAUCGAUUCAUUGUUAUGUUAUAAGAGCUGGGUUUGAGUCAUUGGUGAAUAUUUCAACUGCUUUAGUAGACAUGUAUGCAAAAAGUGGGUCAGUGGCUACUGCUCGAUUGAUUUUUGAUGGCAUCCCACGUAGGACAGUUGUUUCGUGGAAUUCAAUGAUUGAUGGCUAUGUGCAAAGUGGAGAUUCUGAAGAAGCAUUGUCACUUUUUCAGAAGAUGUUGAAGGAGGGGGUGGAGCCAACUAAUGUUACUAUAAUGGAAGCUCUACAAGCCUGUGCUGAUUUGGUUGAUCUGGCUCAGGGAAUAUACAUUCAUAAGUUAUUGGAUAAGUUGAAACUUCAGUCUGAUGUAUCGGUGAUGAAUUCUUUGAUAUCCAUGUAUUCCAAGUGUAAAAAAGUAGAUAUAGCUGCUAAGUUAUUUGGGAAUUUGCAAGGUAAAACCGUUGUCUCGUGGAAUGCCAUGAUAUUGGGUUAUGCUCAAAAUGGUUGCGCAAAUGAGGCUUUAAAUUAUUUUUGCAUGAUGCAGUCACAAAAUAUCGAAGCAGAUUCAUUCACAAUGGUGAGUGUGAUUGCUGCCCUUGCUGAGUUAUCAGUGUUACGCCAAGCAAAGUGGAUUCAUGGACUCGUUAUUAGAACUUAUUACGACAAGAAUGUUUAUGUGAUGACAGCUCUUAUAGAUAUGUAUGCAAAAUGUGGAGCUGUCCAAACUGCAAGAAAACUCUUUGAUAUGAUGGCUGAGCGGCAUGUUAUAACAUGGAAUGCUAUGAUAGAUGGAUAUGGGACUCAUGGGCUUGGAGAAGCUGCUGUUGAAUUGUUCUCUGAAAUGCAGAAACAGGCCAUCAAGCCAAACAACAUAACAUUUGUGUGUAUUCUAUCGGCAUGUAGCCAUUCGGGCUUGGUAGAAGAGGGGAAACAUUACUUCACCAGCAUGAAAGAAGACUAUGCCUUAGAGCCUACACUGGAUCAUUAUGGAGUAAUGGUUGACCUUCUUGGUCGAGCCGGUCGGAUCAAUGAGGCUUGGGAUUUCAUUCAAAGGAUGCCUAUCAAGCCAGGGUUAAGUAUCUAUGGUGCUAUGUUGGGUGCUUGCAAGAUUCACAAAAAUAUUGAGUUGGGGGAGAAGGCAGCAAACAAACUGUUUGAUCUGGAUCCAGAUGAAGGUGGCUACCACGUGCUGCUUGCUAACAUAUAUGCCAUGGCUUCAAUGUGGGACAAAGUGGCCAAAGUGAGAAGUAUGAUGGAGAAAAAAGGGCUUCAAAAAACCCCUGGCUGCAGUUUAGUGCAGUUGAGAAAUGAGAUUCACACUUUCUAUUCUGGGGGCACAGGCCAUCCCCAAUCCAAACAAAUCUAUUCUUUACUUGACACACUGGGGGAUGAGAUUAAAGCCGCUGGUUAUGUACCUGAUACCAAUUCAAUUCAUGAUGUGGAAGAUGAUGUUAAAGAACUGUUGCUCAAUAGCCAUAGUGAGAAGCUGGCUAUUGCAUUUGGACUUCUAAAUACCAGCCCAGGCACAACUAUACAUAUUCGGAAGAAUCUUCGGGUUUGUGGUGACUGCCACAAUGCCACCAAGUACAUUUCACUUGUCACUGGACGGGAAAUCAUAGUGCGGGACAUGCGACGGUUCCACCAUUUCAAACAUGGAACCUGUUCUUGUGGAGAUUAUUGGUGAAAUGGUCUUUGUGCUAGCCUUGAAUCUUGGCAAUUAUAUGCCCUUGUGGAAAAGCAUAGUAAAGUACCCUACCCAAGUGGAAGGAAGAAGCAAACUUCCCAUCCUCUUCUUUCCCAGAUGAUUAGGCAAACAAGAAAUAAAAAGAUGUUGGGUGAUUGCUUGAAAUUCUUAGCAACAUCCUGACGUUUUCAGGUUAUCCCAUUCCUGAAUGAUUUGAAGUUAAAUUUACAGGUUUUGAUAAUAGAUGAUACAGGAGGAUUGGAAGUCCCUCUAGCAAGUGUUUUUCAAAGCAACAACACAACUUAGGUAUUCCUAACAUCCUCUACCUGUAAAUUCCUCAUAAAAUUAAGUGUCUUUUCUUUUUUUCCUGUACUGUUUCACAAGAUAUGUGAAAGUUGCCAAUUUGAUUUUCUCUAAUUAAUAAAGUAUGGAUUGGUGUCUUGAUCUUUGAAA